AUGUUGAAGGAUCAGUUCUUGUUAUGGGUUGCUUUGAUAGCGAGCGUACCGGUUUCCGGCGUGAUGGCAGCUCCUAGCGAGUCCGGGCAUAACACGGUUGAAAAACGAGAUGCCAAAAACGUUGUUGGCGUUCAACAGUUGGACUUCAGCGUUCUGAGGGGUGAUUCCUUCGAAAGUGCCUCUUCAGAGAACGUGCCUCGGCUUGUGAGGAGAGAUGACACGCUAGAAGCUGAGCUAAUCAACCAGCAAUCAUUCUACUUGUCACGACUGAAAGUUGGAUCACAUCAAGCGGAUAUUGGAAUCCUAGUGGACACAGGAUCCUCUGAUUUAUGGGUAAUGGACUCGGUAAACCCAUACUGCAGUAGCCGUUCCCGCGUGAAGAGAGAUAUACACGAUGAGAAGAUCGCCGAAUGGGAUCCCAUCAAUCUCAAGAAAAAUGAAACUUCUCAGAAUAAAAAUUUUUGGGAUUGGCUCGUUGGAACUAGCACUAGUUCUCCUUCCACCGCCACGGCAACUGGUAGUGGUAGUGGUAGUGGUAGUGGUAGUGGUAGUGGUAGUGCUGCCACAGCCGUAUCGGUAAGUUCUGCACAGGCAACAUUGGAUUGCUCUACGUAUGGAACGUUUGAUCACGCUGAUUCCUCGACGUUCCAUGACAAUAAUACAGACUUUUUCAUCUCAUACGCUGAUACCACUUUUGCUUCAGGAAUCUGGGGUUAUGACGACGUCAUUAUCGACGGCAUAGAGGUGAAAGAACUUUCCUUCGCCGUUGCAGACAUGACCAAUUCCUCUAUUGGUGUGUUAGGUAUUGGACUGAAAGGCCUAGAAUCCACAUAUGCUAGUGCAUCUUCGGUCAGUGAAAUGUAUCAGUAUGACAAUUUGCCAGCCAAGAUGGUCACCGAUGGGUUGAUCAACAAAAAUGCAUACUCCUUGUACUUGAACUCCAAGGACGCCUCAAGUGGUUCCAUCCUCUUUGGAGGUGUGGAUCAUGAAAAAUAUUCGGGACAAUUGUUGACAGUUCCAGUCAUCAACACACUCGCUUCCAGUGGUUACAGAGAGGCAAUUCGUUUACAAAUUACUUUAAAUGGAAUAGAUGUGAAAAAGGGUUCUGACCAGGGAACUCUUUUACAAGGGAGAUUUGCUGCAUUAUUGGACUCUGGAGCUACGCUAACGUAUGCUCCUUCUUCUGUUUUAAAUUCAAUUGGCCGGAACCUGGGCGGCUCCUAUGAUUCGUCAAGACAAGCUUAUACCAUUCGUUGUGUUUCUGCAUCAGAUACCACUUCUCUGGUAUUCAAUUUUGGGGGUGCUACAGUGGAAGUUUCCCUGUACGAUCUACAGAUUGCAACAUAUUACACCGGGGGAAGUGCCACGCAAUGUCUUAUUGGAAUAUUCAGCUCUGGAAGUGAUGAGUUUGUGCUCGGUGAUACCUUCUUGAGGUCAGCCUACGUGGUUUACGAUCUUGAUGGGCUUGAAGUGUCGCUUGCCCAAGCCAACUUCAACGAAACCGAUUCUGAUGUUGAGGCUAUUACCUCCAGUGUACCUUCCGCUACUCGUGCAUCCGGAUACAGUUCUACAUGGUCUGGUUCUGCCAGCGGUACAGUUUACACUUCGGUUCAGAUGGAAUCCGGUGCUGCUUCCAGCUCCAACUCUUCUGGAUCGAAUAUGGGUUCCUCUUCCUCAUCGUCCUCUUCAUCGUCCUCGACUUCCAGUGGAGACGAAGAAGGAGGGAGCUCCGCCAACAGGGUCCCCUUCAGCUACCUUUCUCUCUGUUUGGUAGUUAUUCUCGGCGUGUGUAUAGUAUAG